AUGUAAAAACUGACUAAUGAAUCUAACCCUAAUGAAUUUAUGAUAGAUGCAUAGAGUUCUAAAGCACCAAGUUCUCAGGAAUUUGAAUUUGAAACGCAGUCUUUCACAAGCAAAGAAGAUCUCUUAAAUAAUUAGAACUUUAAACCAUUUAUGUAGGAAAGAGAUUCAACAGGUAAAUUAGUUGGAAAAGACAAGAAGUUACACUUUCUUAAAGGUUAACAAAUAGUGUUGUACACAUCAGGUUCAAAGAGACUUAAAGUAAAAUAAAAUUUAUUAUAAUUAGUUUUCGACAACAUCUAUUUUAGGUCUCAAUUCUAGAGCAGUAACAGCAGAUGAUAGGAGAUUUGCCAAAAGAGAACCACUAAAGAAUUUUAAAUUAAAUUUGUAAGCUGAUUAGGGCUUCAUCAAACAGUUUCGAGAAAUCACAAAACAUGUCAAACCAUCAUCCUCAAUGAAUAGUGGAUUUUUAGGACCUCAUAGAGAUUAUUAUUAUAAAACAGUAUUUAGAAAAUUCAAUUAAACAAGACAAAAACUCCAGGGCCAGGAGUAUAUUAAUCUCUUUAUAUUACAGCUUCGAAUCCAAUUGAAUUUCCAAAGAGUCCACAAAUAAGUAAGCCUGCUGAGCAUGUUUGUGGAAAGGACUUUUAUGAUUUUAACAUGGUUCAGAAAAAUAUUCCUGGGCCUUCUUUUGUAAAAACCUAGAGUCGAGAUAGUGCAUAUUAAAGAGGAAUUUUCGCAUAAAUUGAAAUAGAAAAAAGAUAAACUUUGAAAUAAAAACCAGAAGAGUAUGAUGAAUAAAGGAUUGAUAGAGAAAUAGAUUAUUUAUUGCAGCAAUAAUAAAAAUAUGGAAAAAUGUGUAAGUCACAUAAGAAUAUAAUUAGCAUAACCUAAUUUAGCUUGGCCAGUUCCAUUAUAAAAAAUAGAAUUGCCUGAGAAAGUACAUGGAUAAUGGACUAAAAUGCUGUAUAUAUGAAUAUAUAAAAUAUUAGUGAGCGCUAUGGGUUUAAAAAAUAAACAGGUGGAAGAUUAAUAAAAAAUACAACUGCUUUAUGA